ACCUCCAAACAUAUUGGCCUCACUGUUUUUCUAACAUUACUUCUUACAAUCCCCUCAAAAAAAAAAGCCCAACAUCCUCAUCCUCUGUUCAAUCUUUUUGCUAAAUGGGUUCUCUCAGGUUUUCAAUUUCUUCCAAUGCUUUUGCCUCAAAAGCCCCCGGUUCCAUGGAUUUUCAAAGCAGCAAGCGGAGGCCCGCUAGAAUUAUCAGAUGCAAGCCCUGUUUCAAGGUAAUAAGCGCAGCAACUGCUCAGGCUUCAGGGGCCGAAGCACAGGCAUCCCCAGCGAGCGGUCACAUGAAAAAAUCCAAGUCUCUGUAUGAUGUUCUGGGGCUUAGCCGGGGGGCUAGUCCUCAGGAUGUUAAAACCGCUUACAGAAAAUUGGCACGGCAAUUUCACCCUGAUGCAGCGAUUUCUGCUCAGGAAAAAAGUAUAAGCACUGAAAUUUUUCUGCAGAUUCAGAAUGCUUAUGCUGUUUUGUCUAAGCCUGAGGAGCGGGCGCAAUAUGACCGGCAGCUGGUUGUCCAGCAGAGGCAGAGUUGGAGUAGAGGGUUUGCAAAGGGGGCUUACGUUAAGCCGUCUGGUCACGUGGGGCGGAACUGGGAGACUGACCAGUGCUGGUGACCGUUAGCGGUCUAAGGACUGUUAACUGUCAUGAUGAAUAUGUAAAUAUUUUUAAGUUUUCUUUUGGUGCCUUAACUACCUGUGUAUAUAAUAUUUUUUUUGGGUAUGUUUUGAGUGGUGCGAAUAAAAUAUAAUAGGUAGUUUCCUUUUUUGGCUAACUACCUUGUUAGUUUGGAGGA